UUCCUCAUGUUCCCUCCUCUUCCUCAUCCUCCUCUUCCUCAUGUUCCCUCCUCUUCCUCUUCCUCCUCCUCCUCCGGUUCGGAAACGGGAUGUGAUGUAAAAACACAGAAACUUUUUUUGUCUUCGGAUCUGAUCGGAUUUUCUGGAUCCGGACGGAUUGUUCCGAAACAAGCCGAAUCUGCUCAGAUCAGGAGUUUUUCGGAAAGUCGCCGGGAGUUGAAGAGACGGAUCGACUCCCCCACCAUGACCCAGUGAGGGAACCCGAACCGAGCCGAACCGAACCGAGCCGGGGAGAAGCUGUGAAGCUGCUGCGUUGGACCCGGAGAGAAACAGCGGAAAACAGAGAUGUAGCGCGCCUGCUGGUGUGACCGUUGGACCAUCAUGCACCUCUUCCUGCUGCUGAUCCUUCAGCUUCCAGCAGCCAGUGGACAGAUCGAUCCAGAACAUUGUCGCUAUGCGUUGGGCAUGGAGGACGGACGGAUCCCCGACGAGGACCUGACGGCGUCCAGCCGGUGGUACGAGACCACCGGGCCGCAGUACGCCAGGCUGAACUCUGAGGACGGAGACGGCGCCUGGUGUCCUGAAGGACAGCUGGAGCCUUCAGACUCCCAGUACCUGCAGAUCGACCUGCGCAGACUCACCUUCCUGACGCUGUUCGGGACUCAGGGCCGGUACGCCAGAGGUCUGGGGAAGGAGUUCGCCGCGGCGUACCGCCUGAACUACAGCCGAGACGGACAGCUGUGGAAGUCCUGGAAGAACCGGCAGGGAAAGGCGGUCCUGGAAGGAAACAAAAACACUUACGGCAUUUUCUCCAACGACCUGAAGCCUCCGAUCAUCGCGCGCUACGUCCGCGUCAUCCCCGUCACCAGGCUGUCCACCACCGUGUGCAUGAGGGUGGAGCUGUACGGCUGUCCCUGGGAGGACGGGCUGCUCUCCUACAGCGCUCCGGAGGGUCAGCUCAUGAUGUCGCCCGGUAACCCGUCAGUAAUCAGCCUCAACGACUCCACGUACGACGGCGUCCACGAGAAAAGGAAGCUGUUCGGAGGCCUGGGUCAGCUGACGGACGGCGUGACGGGCCGCGACGACUUCCUGGCCAUCCGCCAGUACAACGUGUGGCAGGGAUACGACUACCUGGGCUGGAGGAACGACACGCCGGGGACUCAGGGAUACGUGGAGAUGGAGUUUGUGUUCGACAGGCUGAGGAACUUCACCUCCAUGAAGGUUCACAGUAACAACAUGUACACUCGCGGCGUGAAGAUCUUCUCCUCCGUGUCCUGCUGGUUCAAGCCGUCGCUCGGCUGGGAUCCGGAUCCCGUUUCCUUCGCCACCAUUCUGGACGACAGGAACCCGAGCGCCCGUUACGUCACGGUGCCGCUGAGCCGCCGCGCCGCCAGGUCGCUCCGCUGCCGCUUCUACUACGCUGACGUCUGGAUGAUGUUCAGUGAGAUCUCAUUUCAGUCAGAAGAUAUCAUACUGCCAACACAGCAGCCACCGAUCGGGACAUCUGUUCCAGGAGGCCAUAGGGUCAUCACCAUGACAACCGCACCAAAGACCGAUAACACAGCAGCCGCUCCGUCCGCCAGCAGCAGCUCAGACCAAGGAAACACGCCCGUUCUGAUUGGCUGCCUGGUGACCAUCAUCCUCCUGCUGGUCAUCAUCAUCUUCCUCAUCCUCUGGUGCCAGUGUGUCUGCAAGGUGCUGGAGAAGGCGCCUCGUCAGAUCCUGGAUGAGGAGGUGACGGUCCGCCUGUCGUCCUGCAGCGACACCAUAAUCCUGCAGACGCCGCCGGUGCCGCCGCGGUCCCGGCAUCCUCCUGCAGGUCCCACCAACACUGACCCCCACUAUGAGAGGGUCUUCCUGCUGGACCCCCAGUACCAGAACCCGGCCGUCCUGAGGAACAAGCUGCCGGAGCUGUCGCAGAGCGCCGAGGCUUCAGCCUGCGGCGGCGGCUACGCCGAGCCGGACGUCACCCAGUGCACGCCUCACCAGUCCUUCAACAGCAACGCGCCGCACUACGCCGAGACGGACAUCGUGCGGCUGCAGGGCGUCACCGGCAGCAACAUGUACGCCGUCCCCGCCCUGACCGUCGACUCCCUCACCAGGAAGGACAUCUCGGCCGCAGAGUUCCCGCGCCACCAGCUCAUCUUCAGGGAGAAGCUGGGAGAGGGCCAGUUCGGAGAGGUCCACCUCUGUGAGGCCGAGGGACUCCCAGAAUUCCUUGGGGAAGGCUCGCCGCUUCCCGACAGAGACGGACGCUCGGUCCUGGUGGCGGUGAAGCAGCUGAGGGCCGACGCCACGAGUCAGGCCAGGAACGACUUCCUGAAGGAAAUCAAGAUCAUGUCCCGGCUGGACGACCCGAACAUCAUCCGGCUGCUUGUGUGUGUGUCGUCCGACCCGCUGUGCAUGGUGACCGAGUACAUGGAGAACGGAGACCUGAACAUGUUCCUGUGUCAGCGCGAGAUCGAGAGCACGCUGACGCACGCCAACAACAUUCCCUCCGUCAGCCUGUCGGACCUCCUCCACAUGGCCGUCCAGAUCUCCUCUGGGAUGAAGUACCUGGCGUCUCUGAACUUCGUCCAUCGUGAUCUGGCCACCAGGAACUGCCUGCUGGACCGCCGCCUCACCAUCAAGAUCGCCGACUUCGGGAUGAGCAGGAACCUGUACAGCAGCGACUACUACCGGAUCCAGGGCCGGGCCGUGCUGCCCAUCCGCUGGAUGGCCUGGGAGAGCAUCCUGCUGGGGAAGUUCACCACGGCGAGCGACGUGUGGGCCUUCGGCGUGACGCUGUGGGAAAUCUUCACUCUGUGUAAGGAGCAGCCGUACAGCCUGCUGUCCGACGAACAGGUCAUCGAGAACUCGGGCGAGUUCUUCCGGAACCAGGGCCGACAGAUCUUCCUGUACGCCCCGCCUCUCUGCCCGCCGUCUCUCUUUGAGCUGAUGAUGCGCUGCUGGAGCCGCAACAUCACGGACCGACCCACGUUCGAGGGACUUUACCAAGCCCUGAGGCCCCACGUCAACCAGUGAUCCACCGGGCCCCGCCGGGUCCAGCUGGGCCCCGCCGGGUCCAGCUGGGCCCGCUGGGACUCCUGCAUGGUGAACAUGAACAUGCUGGACCAGAACUGCCCGGCUGCAGCAGCGUCCCGGCGGCUGCAGCAGCGUCCCGGCUGCUGAGGUCCGAUCUGAGAGGAGGGAGAACCUCGUCGUCCCUUUAGGAACCAGAUGAACUUUUAUGGUCUUUCUGUGCCAGAUGUCCUGAAACCUGAUUUCCUUCCUGUCUUUGGUUCCGUUGGACCCGGAAGCCUUCGGCCUCUGCUGGUUCUGUCUGCCUGGUUCUGGUCGUUGUAAAGCACUGUGUCUGUCUCAGUUAUUCGUGUUCGUAGAUAAUAACCACACUGGAGCUAAAGUCAAAGUGUAGCGUCGACUUCUUGUUGUUUUAUUGUUUUCAUGUUUUGACUUUUGUUUGUCGUUUACACAGAAGAGAGUCGAGUUCAAACUUCAAACUUCCCAGAAAAAUGUUUUUGUUUCUCUGCAGAAAAUGAAACUCAUGAUGUUUAUUACAUUUCAAAGCUUUAUUUCUUGUCACUUUGACUUGGAGAAAAUAAAAGCCAACAUUUUUAUCAUA